CUUGGGUAUCUUGAUGGCUUCGGGCUCUUCCGUAACAUGCGCCGUACUAUUAUAGGCUUCUAUCUUCUCCUGGCCUGCCUUGUCCAAGCCGAGCGGAAUAUUCCGGCCAAUGUAUUUCCACUGACUUUGGGCCCUCAUAGUAGAAGCUUUAACGACGUCGUCGAUGCCCUAGAGUUGAUGCAAAGACUAGAUAGGGGCGUUGAUAUGGAUAUCAACGGUAAGACGUGCUUCGUAUACAUUCCCUUCCUAGCGUUCAUCGGUGAUGGCUGGUGA